AUGAUACUGCGUUUCCUCAGGUAUGCAUCGACGAAUUGUGAACGUAGGCGGAUCUCAAUUGUGGGCUCAGGACCAUCAGGUUUCUACACGGCGUACAGAUUGCUGACUAAAUGUGAGGUUCCGUUGCAUGUCACUAUGUGGGAGAAAUUGCCCGUGCCAUUUGGGCUGAGCCGAUACGGCGUCGCUCCAGAUCAUCCUGAGGUGAAGAACUGUGAGGAUACCUUUACGGCGUGUGCCGAGGAGUUCUCCAGGCCGGGACAGAAGCAUCUGUUUGAGUUUAUUGGAGGUGUGACGGUGGGUGAGCAAGUUACAUUAUCGGAGCUGAUCGACAAGCAGGACGCCGUGGUCCUGAGCUACGGCUGUACUGGAGACAAAAAGCUGGGUAUCCCAGGAGAAAACGAUACUAAAGGUGUCUUUAGUAGCCGAGAGUUUGUCAAUUGGUACAACGGCCAUCCGGAAUACGCAAAUGACCCGAGAUUUGUGAAUUUUGACUGGUCAAGGGUCAAAAAUGUUGGGAUAAUAGGUAAUGGUAACGUUGCCUUGGAUUUGACUCGAGCGCUAAUCAGUAACCAGAUCGGCGAACUCUGGGACGGAACGGAUAUCUCGCCCAUCGCGCUCAAAUGUUUGCGCCAGGCCCCGGUCGAGCACAUCAGACUCAUAGCGAGGCGCGAUUUCGACCACUCCAAGUUUACGAACAAGGAAUUAAGGGAAUUAUGGGAACUAGAAAGGUACGGAAUUUACGGGAAAAUCGACCCGCAAUAUUUCAGGGAAGAUGCCUACGACCUUAGAUCCAUCAAAGAUCGAGCUUUCAGAAGAAGAGUGGAAAUGUGUUCUGAGUAUCUAAAGCCCUUCGACCAAAGAACCAAGAAAAACUACAAGAAGUUCGCACCCCAACCAUCGGCGCAGAGCCCCCCAAAGACAUGGGAGUUGGACUAUCUCAAGACGCCGGUCAGAAUCAACAGCGAUGGCUCUGGGUACAUAACUUCCUUGACCCUGUGCAGGAACAGCAUCACAGAGGAUAACAAAAUUUGCCAAUUGAAAGACCAGCAAGUCACAUACAACCUUGACCUGCUCAUAACGUCGCUGGGCUACGCUGCUAAACCAUUGGCAGAGUUCCAGAAACUCGGCAUCCAGUUCGAGAAAGGACGUCUUGCCAAUGCCGCCGGCCGUGUGCUAGACUCGCACGGCGCUACUUUUCCAGGCCUGUAUGCAUCAGGUUGGAUAAGAACUGGCAGCGCCGGAGUCAUCGCCUCGACAAUGAUGGGUGCUUUUGAGGUAGCAGAUUCCAUCCUGCAAGAUUUAUCCUCCUUACCUGCCAAGCAGACCGGUCGCAUCGAUUUCUCGCACCUCAGGCAUACGACUUGGCCGGAUUGGCGAUCCAUCAAUAGAAAAGAGCUACAGCAGGGCGAGCAAGAGGGCAAGACAAGAGUGAAAUUUCUCAGCAGCGAGGAGAUGUUGAGCUUCCACAAGCAGUCACCCGCUUGA